AGAUAAAAUGUUUAGUGUUCUGUGACUGAUUAUAUAUUUCGAGCCACAUGAUUUAUAUCCUUCUCAUAGUCAGUGCAGCUGUUGCAGUUGAAGUGGAGAGUCCUCGGUUACUUUCUUCCGGAGGAAGGUUUAGAGCAGGAUUAGAUGAACAGGUUCGUCUGCCCUGUAAUGUGACUGCGCUGGGGGACAGUGUUCUAGUCUGGAAACACGGGGACAGAGUUAUCUUUGCUGGAGGUUUAAGAGUUAGAAGAGACAGACGAUUCUCUUUAGAUGGAACCUGUCUUAUUAUCUCAUAUAUACAAGCUAAGGAUGCAGGAUCUUAUACCUGCCAAAUUGAGACAAAGGAUCAAAAGAAUUUGGUUUGGAUUGAGCACAGUUUACUGAUAGAAACCCCAGCAGUUAUAUACUUCUCACAGCCUUCUAUUACAAGUAUGGCAGGGGAGAGUGUUAAACUGUAUUGUAAAGUAAAGGGUAGUCCUCCCCCUAAAGUAGUCUGGAACCUGGAGACUAGAGAUAUAAACGGACUAGCGCAUACAACUAGUCCUUGUGGUACUAUCCUUUACCUAAAUAAUCUGACACGCAGCUACUCUGGAAACUAUACCUGUACAGCUAGUAAUGGAGUGGGUCAACCUAUCUCCAGCCGGACUGAGCUUAGAGUAUUCUAUGGACCCCAGAUACAGGUGGAUAGAGAGGUUGUUUACUCUCAAGAAGGAUGUACUGCGCACCUCGUUUGUUUUGUAUCAGGAUAUCCUGCUCCUCACCUCAAAUGGUUCCAAGACACACUUCUCAUAGUUCCAUCGGGAAACAUAAUCAGCAAAUCCACAGGAAGUCGACAUGAACUUCAACUAACAGCUCUCAGUUUACAGGGCAAACACAUGAGGUAUAUAAACUGUACUGCUUCUAAUAGUGUGUCAACAGCUACAAAAAGGAUACAAAUUUCAGGUUUACCUGAGAGCCCAUAUUUGUACAACAGACUGGAAUAUCUGGGAAACUCUGAAUAUAUGGUUCACUGGAGAUACAGGGCAUACUCAAAAAUAUUAAAGCACAGGCUAACCUACCGCCAGGUCAAGGAUAAUGAAAGUAACUCGGUUGUAGAGUUUGGAGAAAAGAUUGUUGAAAUUAAAGCCAAAUUAGAGUAUGGGUUAGAGAACGAGUGCGAUAUGGAACUUUACAGAAACCAGUCUUAUACAAUUCACAACCUAGAGUUCGGGGUUUAUUAUCAGAUAAAGGUUGAGGCUUACAACGAGUAUGGUUGGAGCCAACAGUCAAAUCUAAUAUUAGAGAAAACAAAUACAGAGUUUGUCGCUCGAAAGAUUGAAACUACUAUGACUGGAGAACUGAGCAGUGAAGCAGUCUGCACCAACCAUAUCUCUACAGAUAUUUUACUUAGACUAUUUAUUCACAGUCUUUUCAUUAACUAUUCAUUAGUACUCUCAUCAUAAUCUUUCAUUUGAUCAGUUUUAUUAUUAAACUUAUAUCCUUCGUACAACUGCAGGUUUAUUGAAUUUUCUCAAUUCGUCUUCUGAAACUAUAUAUGUCCUUUUAACUAAUCAUUUAAAUAAAACACUGUACGGCCAAAUAUCAAUAAAAAAGCCAAUUCCAAUAUUUACUCUGAUUAUCCAAAGAACUGUGAAACUUGAUUUUAGUCAAAUUCGUAAUUGUAUAGAAAAAAUUAUUUGGUGUGACAUUUUAUAUUUACACACAAAAACAUUUUAUAUUUUGAGUUAACC